AUGACACCUCGUCGCUCCUCUCGGGCUCGCACCACACAACCCUCCCCAGCCCUCCUUCAACACACCCACUCCUCCGGCUCCUCAGUCUCCACCACUCGUGAGAGAAGCACUCGUUCAAAUCACAAAAAUACCUCCCCUCAUACCUCAUCGGGCCAUCGAUCCCAAUCCAUCGACGAUGGCGAAAACGGCUCGAGGACCGACCUCCCACAAACGCGCCAGCGUCAGCGGGCCCACGACGACGAUGAAGAGCCUCGUCGCGAGGAUGACGAAGAUGAUAUAGACGAAGAGGAAGAGGAGGAAGUUACAAGAUGUCUGUGUGGGCAGCAGGAAUAUCCAGGCUUGCCCUCCUCUCGUCGCGAAGCUCUCGGUCGCAGUAUCGUCAAGCCAGAAUCGGUCCACCCCCCCACCGAUUCGUCCGAUGCUGUGCCUGAUGAUCUUGGGAGUAUGUUUAUCCAGUGCGACACCUGCAAAGUUUGGCAGCAUGGUGGUUGUGUGGGCAUCAUGGACGAGGAAAUGAGUCCUGAUGAAUAUUUCUGCGAGGAGUGUCGGCCGGACUUUCACAGAAUAAGGGGCGAAGCCAAUGGCUCGCGCUCCUCCACUUACCUGCCCGUCGUACCGGCAUCGUCGCCCGCACCUUCUUCUCGACCCGUCUCUCGGGCCUCCUCUCGAGAAACCACAUCUAGACGUUCAAGGGAUCCCAAGUCAAGAAACAGCGAGGGCGACAUGAACCCGAAGCGGCGGUCUACCAUGAACAGCCGUGAUGCUGCUUAUGACGAGGAAGAACUGAUUCGGCGAGCCAUUGAGGAAAGCAAGGAAGAUACUAAGAGUCUUCCCGACGACAUAUCUAUUCAGCGGGUCAAACGAAGCCGAAGUGGCAGCGAACGUGAUUCCAGAAAUAGACAAGGUGCAAAGCGUCAACGAACCACUUCGCCCUCUCCAGCUGCUGAUUCGAGUCACUUGGCAUCUCAACCUCCAUCCGAUGACGAGUCCAAAGGCAAAAUUCCGGCCCCGAAUGGCACCCGGAAACAAAGAGCUACUUCUCGCAGUCAACGUGACAAAGAGACAACCAAGGACGCUGAAGAGGGAGAAACGGAGCCUCUCGAGAAUGGGGCCCGUCGAAAAGAAAGAACAAACCGCCGCAAGGGCGAAGAAUCCGAACAUGAACCCCCAUCUCCAACCAAGGCAGCCCCACCAGCCGAACCAGAGCCGGUCCAAGCAAGCCCCAACACACCUACUCAAGAACCGACACCUGCUCGGCCAUCCACCCGAAAAUCAGGGCGCCCACCAGCUCGCCGGGGUCGUGUUGGCCGUAAUCAAUAUACCAAGGAUCGUGAUGCGAACGGCACUGGUACGGAGUCACCCCGUCGUGGGCACUCCCAUGACAUGGGAGGAGAAUCGCCCAGAGUAGGAUAUGGUGCCAACGGUGUGCACAUUAACGGAGGAGACACUGGGCGGCCAAGCAAACCCCGCCAUAUGCACCCACAACGCACGACUAUGAAUGAGAUGAAAAGACGGGUGGCGGCCAUUCUUGAAUUCAUUUCCCGAAUGCAGGUGGAGAUGGCGGUAGCCAGCGAGAACUCCUCCACCCCCAUUGGGAACGGUGACCAAGCCCAAGGCCUCCUUUUGAAGAGUAUGGUUGAUCAAAUCGACAACAUUAUGCCCUCGACGGUCAGUGAUGGCGGCGAGACCGCGCCCACUGACGGAGGUGACAAUGAAAAACCCUUCAAGGAGCUGAGCAGCGUGGAAAUGAUGGACGUUCUCACGCGCCACCUUCUCAAAUGGCAACAAGAGUAUGGCAAGUUCGGCGAGCGGUAG